CCACUGCUGGCUCAUGUUCAAGUCAACCAACACCCCCAGGUCCUCCUCCUCCGUGCAGCUCUCCAGCCACUCUUCCCGCCGCAUCCCCCCGCACCAGCUCUCACCGCCCCUCCGCAUCCCAUUCUGCCCUUCCCUUGUGCAACAGGUUAGGAAGGGGCGGUGCCGGAGAGGGGUCGGUGGCCCCGCGGUGGAUGAUCCCCCCCCGACCCCCCCGCCCAGCGGCCCCGGGGGCGGGCGGCCGGCCGGGCAGCCCGGGGAAGGGCAGCGCUCCCGUGGGUGGGCCCUGACCCUCGCCACGCCUCCCAUCGCGGCCGAGCGGCGGGCCCGGGGCGGCGGGGACCGAGGGGCGAUGGCAGGAAAAGCCCACAGGCUCAGCGCAGAGGAGAGGGAGCAGCUGCUGCCAAACCUCAGAGCCGUGGGGUGGAAUGAGGUGGAAGGCAGAGAUGCCAUCUUCAAAGAGUUCCACUUCAAGGACUUCAAUCGGGCCUUUGGCUUCAUGACCAGAGUGGCUCUACAGGCAGAAAAACUGGAUCAUCACCCUGAAUGGUUCAAUGUGUACAAUAAGGUUCACAUCACCUUGAGCACCCACGAGUGUGGAGGCUUAUCAGAGCGAGACAUCAACUUGGCGAGCUUCAUCGAGCAGGUUGCAGCUUCUCUCUCCUGACUAAAGACAGACAUGUGAAGCCAAAAAUCAACUCUGCCACUGCCACAACCCACAUCUUGCCUGGACGGCUGCACCUAGAGCCUUCUCCCAGCUUCCAAGCUAGUUCCUGGAUCCAGACUGGCAAAUGUCAUUCCAAACUCCCCACUGCAGCUCAGAUGGAUGGAGGCACUUCUUGGGCACCAUGCAUAUACCGAUCUCUGAUCUUGCCGCUUCCAUUCCUCAACCCUUCGUUAGCUGUGCACUACAAACUGCUGAGCCUCCCAGGCUUUCCGCAGAUUUGCCCUUUUACCAGGAGUCAUGUUACACAAUUGCAUCAGUAAAUCCUUCCAGAGCCUAACCCCAGCCAAUCACUGUGUUACUGCUUUUUACCUAGUAGAAUAUGCUUUCUAGCUAAAAAAAUGGUACAUGAACCCUCUGUAACAUACCAGCAACUGAGAUGUGCAAUUUGGUUAUUGCUGUAACCCCUCUAGCAGUAUUAUAAACAGGCAUGUGAUCUCACCCCUACUGUAACCAGUCUUUUGUAGAAUACCAGCUGAAAAUGUUUACAAUAAAGGUCUUGAUUAAGCUGAU